AUGGCUGCAGACCGUCUAAGCUCGCUGCUGAACCACCUCAAGCCCGGCUCUAACAGCGGGCUCAACGCCAUCACCCAAAAGAACCCAGACGAUGUGGUCAUUACCGCCUCAUUGCGCACACCGCUGACCAAGGCGCGCAAGGGCGGCUUCAAGGAUACCGAGCUGGACUACAUUGUGUACGCACUGCUGAAGGAGACACUGGCUAAGUCCAAGAUCGAUCCUGCACUGAUCGAAGAUGUGUGCCUGGGAAAUGUUGGCGAAUCCAAAGCCGCUUACAUGGUCCGCGCGGCCGCACUAGCAGCCGGAAUCCCCCACACAUCUGGCGCCUCCAGCGUAAAUCGCUUCUGCGCUUCGGGCCUGAAGGCUGUCCAGGACAUCGCCAACCAGAUCCAGCUCGGCGCCAUCGACAUCGGUAUCGCGAUGGGCGCGGAGCUGAUGUCUGCCGCUGGUGACCGUCUCGAGCGACCUUUCAACGAGGAGGUCUUGCGUAACCAGGAGGCCAUGGAUUGCAUGCAGCCUAUGGGUCAGACCUCUGAGAACGUUGGAAAUGACUUUGGGAUCUCGCGUGAGCAACAGGACCGCUACGCGGCGGAAUCUUUCCAGCGUGCGGAGGCGGCCCAGAAGGCUGGCUGGUUUGAUGAUGAGAUUGCUCCUAUUUCCGUUAAGGUCAAGGAUCCGAAGACUGGGGAGGUCAAGCAGAUUACCCUCACCAAAGAUGAGGGCAUCCGGCCUGGCACAACUUUCGAGUCCUUGUCGAAGAUCCGACCUGCGUUCCCGCAGUUCGGCGAUAAGUCGACUGGUGGAAACUCUAGUCAAGUCACUGAUGGAGCCGCUGCUGUUCUUUUGAUGCGUCGUUCCAAGGCUAUCGAAUUAAACCAGCCUAUUCUUGCGAAGUUCUGUGGCGCUACCGUCGCUGGUGUGCCUCCCCGUGUGAUGGGUAUUGGUCCCACCGCCGCCAUCCCUAAACUGCUGAGCAAAUUCCAGUUGGACAAGAACGAUAUCGAUAUCUAUGAGAUCAAUGAGGCUUUCGCCUCGAUGGCUGUCUACUGUGUGCAGAACCUUGGUCUCGACCAUGCCAAGGUGAACCCCCGUGGUGGCGCUAUUGCUAUUGGACACCCACUGGGUGCUACCGGUGCGCGACAGGUCGCCACUGUUCUGAGUGAGGCCCGCCGGACCAAGAAGAAGAUCUUGGUCACUAGUAUGUGCAUUGGCACUGGACAAGGAAUGGCUGGUCUAUUCGUCAAUGAGCAGGUGUAA